AUGUGCACCCAACACCCAAUAUCGCGAGCAGGGCGCACGUGCAACGCAGGGGCGUCGCGUUGGGAAGAUGCGCGGCGGGGUCAACGGCCUCUGACCCUCGCACCUGCGACCCUCGCGUUGCCGUCGCGGCCUCCGCCGCCCCCUGACGCCCGGCCGCUCGCCCGGCGCGUUGGCCCGGGCCGUUGGCCCUCGCCGCGAGGACCGCGCCCGACGCCAAACGGAUGCGCGGCGAUUUUUCUAUUGAACGCCUCUUGUGCAAGUUGCGCGCUGCGAACGGCGGCCAUAAAUAUUCUGCUGGAGAAGAAGCGUCGAAUGGCCGGUCGUGGCGUGAUGCUCGGCGCGGGGCGGCCUGUCGCCGUCCUCUGGGUCAGGGUGGCCACCGCCGCGCGGCUCCGGCCCGGGUCUUGGCCCCGCCCCGGCUACCGCACCGCUCCGCAUCUCGUCGCGCGGACGCGCUAG